AUGGGCAACAUGUUUCCCACCGACCCUAGCGCUUGGCAGACUUAUUUCUCCGAAUUCAGUCUUGAAAGCCUCCCACAAGUCUCGUCAGCCACUGAAGAUGAGCACUCCAGAAAUGAGAAAUUUGUUCGAGAUAUGUACGUAGACAUCACUUCCCUUGAUCUCAGUGGAAGGAAGUACAUCUACAUCAUAUGCGACGUAGCAGCAUUCGGCACUUCAGCAUCAACUCUGCAAUUACCCAGUGAUGGUUUGCUGGUAAUAUACGCACGUUUUUUCACUGCAGCAGCGCCAAUCACAUUGAAAUUUGAAACCGGAACGCUGCAAAUCUAUGCCGCUGAGACGAACCAGACCAUAUCUGUCAAUGAGUACCAAGUCACGGUUUGCAGUCAGGCGAUCCAGGCGUGGCGGCUGUUCGAUAAGCAUAUAGCUUCUUGCAAGCGAAUCAUGAGCAGUCUCGUGCCGCUUCUGUCUCCCGCUUUCCUUGAGGUAAAUACGAUGAAAGGUGCCUGGCAAUCGACCACGAACGAUUUGGAUGGCUUGAUUGAAACCAUUGAUCACAUUGACGUCGUUACACUUGAUGCGGUAAUGCGUGACAUUCAAACGGUUGCCCUUCUAGGGUUGUGGGAGGACCUGAAGAAGCACGUAAAAUUUGCGAAUAUGACGUUGCCUCGACAGACAUUUCCCCGUGGCACAUGUAUUGACUGCGGUAGAGACGUGCAGCGUUCUAGCAAGCUUCCACCGAGCAAAGUAAACAACGAGUAUCCCACGAAAGCAACUGGAGCCAGUAGCAUUUGCAGUGGUGUAUAUCAGAUGAUAUGA